AAGCCAAAUCGCCAAUCCGUGCGCAGAAGCGAAAAUGCUCCUCGUUGGCCAUGGGAGUGUCCUACAGACCCCAUCCUCGAAAACCCUCCAACCUCCUACCUUGCCUCAUCGCCCUCUCUCUCUUCUCCAUCUCCGCCCUUCUCCUCUACAAGGUGGAUGACUUCGCAUCGCAGACGAAGACGGUCGCCGGCCACAACUUGGACCCCACUCCCUGGCACCUGUUCCCUCCUAAGACGUUCAAUGAGAAAACCCGGUAUGCCCGCGCCUCCAAGAUCAUCCAGUGCUCUUACCUUACCUGCCCCUAUGCUACCGGGUCGAUCCGGGGACAGGAUCUUUCGCGAUCCCGGUCUGCCCGAGCCUGCCCGGCAUUCUUUGCCUGGAUUCGCCGUGAUCUCGAGCCCUGGGUGCGGACCGGGAUAUCGCCAGCUCAUUUGAUGGAAGCAAAGAGGUUCGCGUCGUUUCGGGUGGUCAUAUUCGAGGGGAAGCUAUAUGUGGAUUUCUAUUAUGCUUGCGUGCAGAGUCGGGCGAUGUUCACGAUUUGGGGACUGCUGCAGCUUCUCAGGAGGUAUCCUGGGAUGGUGCCUGAUGUUGAUUUGAUGUUUGAUUGCAUGGACAAGCCCAGUAUUAACAGGACUGAGCAUGCCUCAAUGCCUUUGCCAUUGUUUCGAUAUUGCACCACGCCAGGGCAUUUCGAUAUUCCUUUUCCAGAUUGGUCUUUCUGGGGAUGGCCAGAGACAAACUUGAAGCCUUGGGAUGAGGAGUUUAGAGACAUUAAACAAGGCUCUCAAGUUCUCAGGUGGUCAAAGAAAUCCCCCUAUGCUUACUGGAAAGGAAACCCUGACGUGGAAUCUCCUGUGCGAACAGAGUUACUGAAAUGCAAUCAUUCCAGGAUGUGGAACGCACAAGUGAUGCGUCAGGAUUGGGCAGAAGAAGCAAGAGCAGGGUAUGAGCAGUCGAAACUAUCAAACCAGUGCAACCAUCGGUACAAAAUAUAUGCCGAAGGUUAUGCUUGGUCCGUGAGCUUGAAGUACAUAAUAGCAUGUGGUUCUCCUGCCCUAAUCAUAUCACCUGAGUACGAAGAUUUUUUCAGCCGGGGUCUGUUUCCCAUGAGGAACUAUUGGCCCGUCUCUUCUACUAAUUUAUGUCCCUCCAUCAAAUAUGCUGUAAACUGGGGAAAUGCAAACCCAUCAGAGGCUGAGGCGAUUGGAAAAAGAGGACAAGAUUUCAUGGAAGAUUUGAGCAUGGACAGGAUUUAUGAUUACAUGUAUCAUCUCAUUAUGGAGUACUCAAAGCUGCAAAAUUUUAAGCCAAUUCCCUCUUCUUCUGCUCGGGAAGUUUGUGUGGACUCCUUACUUUGUUUUGCCGACCCUAAGCAGAGGCAAUUUUUGGAAAGAUCAACUGCUUUGGCUUCUGAGGAAGCACCAUGCACCUUUAAGGCAGCCCGUGGUAUUACGGUCACAAGCUGGAUUAAGCAGAAAGAGAAAGCAAUACAAGAUGUGAGAAAGAAGGAAAUGUUAAGUGCAGAGAGACAGUGAGAUUAGGACUCGAACUUCUUCUUCUUUCAUGCAGACAAAUCAAUUUGUAUAAUUCUCAAGGUGACAUAGAUGAAAUGGAUGAACGUGUAUUUAGAGCAUAGAUUCGUCAAAGCUAGUCAUUCAUGUUGUAAGACACUCGCAUUGACAAUACGUUUGUCCACGGAAUGCCAUUAUCCCCAAUUCCUAUGUUGAUAGUCA